AUGAUCAAGCGUUUCGCCAUCCUUCUCCUGGUUGUCCUGGCCGCCAUGCUGAGCUGCGCUUAUGCGGACGAUGCCCCAGCCGUCGAGAAGGAGCCUGCAAAGCCCACGGAGGCGGUUCCACCCGGUGUGACUAUCACAGGAGAAAAGGAACCUGUGCCUAUGAACACGGAGCAGUUUGAGCAGAUUAUUGGUGGUGGAGGUGGCUUCAUCCCGACGGGAGGAAUCACGUACCGCUGGCGCUACACGUAUCCGUUUGCUGGAGGCUUCCGUUAUGGCUGGCGCUACCCGAUCGGCUACUGGAACACUUUUGGACACACGAUCUUUGGCCCAACUUGCAAAUUUGGUCGUCCGUUUGGCGGCUGGUUCUACUGUUAA